AUGUGAUGUGGUACAGUGUAAAGGUGCGCGAGUGUGUGAGAGCGAGUGAGAACGGCGCUGUUGGCGCUUAGGGCACUAAGGCGCGCACGUACAAUAUAUUCUUAAGUAAAUUAAAAAGUUGCUGCAUCACAUAAGACCACGGGAAAUUACUUCAAGAGACUCUUAACGUGCAAACACCUUGGCAAUGCAAUCAUUUCCACGCACUGUUAAAUCUAUAAAGAAACCCGUAUCCGAAGGUUUCAAGCAAACAUCCAAGCCAAAGGGAAUAUUGGGAAAACUGCUGUGGAGAUCCGUUUCUGGUGUUUUACAAUGUUCAUUAUUAUAUUCAGUAAGGCUAUGUUCACAAUACUGAUUUUUCUGAUUGGGUUGGCUUUGUAUAUUGAACUUGUAGUGGCACAAAACGACACGGAGCCCAUUGUUCUGGAGGGUAAGUGUCUCGUGGUCUGUGACUCCAAUCCAGCAAGUGAUUCCAAAGUGUCGUCUUCUCCGCUUGGGAUCUCUGUCCGUGCAGCGAACUCCAAAGUAGCUUUCUCCGCCGUGAGAAGCACUAACCAUGAGCCUUCUGAGAUGAGCAACAAAACUAGAAUCAUUUACUUUGAUCAGAUCCUUGUGAACGUAGGCAACUAUUUCACCUUGGAAUCCGUUUUCUUAGCGCCAAGAAAAGGAAUUUACAGUUUUAACUUUCAUGUCAUCAAAGUAUACCAGAGCCAAACCAUUCAGGUAAAUCUGAUGUUAAAUGGAAGACCUGUCAUUUCUGCAUUUGCUGGAGAUAAGGAUGUCACCCGUGAAGCCGCCACUAAUGGAGUUCUGUUAUUUCUAGACAAGGAGGAUAAGGUUUAUCUGAAACUGGAGAAGGGAAACCUUGUUGGAGGGUGGCAGUACUCUACAUUCUCUGGGUUUCUGGUUUUCCCCCUGUAAAAAGGGAGUGCUCCCCAAGCAAGCUCCAUUCACUUGUGGUCUAGUUGUCAUCUCCGUUUAGUAAACUCUUCAGCAUCAAUGGAUUUCACCUCUGAAUCCCAGUCCUGCACAGUGACUUUGUACAUGGGAAGAAAGUGACAAGAGGAAGAAAGAAAGAAAUGUGAAAAUGAGUCAGGCAUCAGUAAGACAAGCUUGUGCUCCAAAACUUGAAUUACAUUACUCACAUUGGCAUUACCCUAUAGUUUGCUCAUCUCAAAGCAUCUUCCCUCUUUGAUUGGGUUUCUCUGAAACUGUAGUGGUAAGUAAUUACGAUAAACAACCAAAAUCAUCAAUUAAAAAUAAAUAAUUAAAACAAAUACAUAUAAGAAGGUAUUACACAUGUGUUAUAAGGUCUUUAGGUGUUUCCUGCCCCCCCCCCCCCCCGUCCAUAGUUUACAUUUUGUUUUUAAUACUGUACCUUGCCCACAGUAGAGUGCAUGACACUUCAUAACCCCCUACUGUGGCAGAUAGUAUCAGAAGCAAGCAUUUUCAGUUCACAGAAUGACAGACUGGCAGGAAGGGUACAAAGAGGAAAGAGGCUUGAAUGCCUGGAGUUGAAACUCCCUUUGUUUAGAGAAAGCAAACGAGAAAGAGAAACAAAGAUGGGCUGUUAUGAAGUAUAGGUUAAUUAUGAAAGAGUGUAGUAUAAAGUCACCCAGAAGUACCAUAAAACUGAGCAUUAAUGUGGAGCACUGCAGCUACAUGAUGUAAUACAGAUGUAAUUAAAGCAAUAGAAAGACAUUAAUAAUUUAAACUCAGCCCCAUUCGUUUCAGGUCACCAGCACACCGAAAUUUAAGUGCAUAUUUCUCAGGCAAUGUAAAAGCCACCUAUGUGGUUCAGGGCUUGUUUAAAAGUACAGACCCGGCGCUUUCCAAUAACAUAUUCACUGUUGGUAGGUGGUAUUCCUAGCCAGGGCUACGAUCGCCUGAAUGUAAGCCACUCAUCAUGUGACAGGGGUCACCUGCAUAGGUUUUGUUGAGAGUCGAUUACUGUAGCUGCCAGACAGAAGGAGUCAUAUCAUUGGAAAGCUUAGACUCUCAGCUAUAUCAAAUGUUCCCGUAUACGUAGUUCAAAGAGAAAACUACAGCCUCCAGAAUGCAAUAGUACAGUCAUGUGAGACGCAUCAGAUCGGUGGGUGUUUUUCAGUGCUGUAACUCAAAAACUACAAAGCCCAGCCAAUCGGAUUAGAUAUCUACUGAAAGGGCAGGCUUGGUUGCCUAGCUAGGUUUCUAGAGAAGCUACAGACGAGAGAGAGAGAGAGAGAGAGAGAGAGAGAGAGAGAGAGAGAGAGAGAGAGAGAGAGAGAGAGAGAGAGAGAGAGAGAGAGAGAGAGAUAUGCAAUUAUGGUCGUUUGGCAAAGGUGCUAAUAAAACAAUUAGCUUCAUUUUUUCACCAUGUUCAUUUCCUAUUGAAGUUCAAUGCUGCAGUGUUUUUUUGAGCCAUCUAUGAUUAAAAAAUAUAUAGCAGUGACCAAACAUGAUUUUUAUUUAUUUAUUAUUAUUUUAUUUUUACAUGGAUUUUCAUCUCUACCACAUAUAGUAUGCCUGAUCCUGUUGCUAACCAAUAUAAUAUAUAACUUAUAUCAUUUGAUAUAAGUUACAUGUAUGCAGCACAAACUAUCUAGUAGUUACACAUACAUAAAUGAAAACUGUGAAACACAGGCGGAAAUAGGGCUGAGUUUAAAGAGUUUUUAAUGAGAGACUCCACAAACAGAGCGUGAGAUAUUUGGGUUGUGAAGGCCAUGCUCGUUAUUGUAUCAUUGGAAUCUGUUUCUAUCAACAACAGAGCUCCACCUAGUAUGUUAUGUCACGGCAUCCAGAAAAGCAGCUCAUGGAAACAUCAUGCAGUACUGUGCAAAAGGCUUAGCAGCAAACAACUUCUCAAAGAGCUUUAGCACUUGCUGAAACUGAAGUCACUCUAAGGUGCAAUGUUAAUUAUGUCAACCAGAGGAAAACUUGGAGGAUAUAGAUGAUGAAGAAAUUUUCCAAACUGCUUGGAGGUUGUAAGGUGGAAUCGGUGAAAGGUGGACUAUGGGAAACUGAUUAGCAGUUACUCUGUGGACUCUAAUGCUCGAGAGGAGAGAUUUGUUGACCUGAGCAAUGCAAGAUGCUAUUGUUGUGUGUGUUCACCACUGCACUGUCAAGCAGUGGACAAUUUAUUAAUUUUAUUAGUGAUAUGCAACAAUCGGGUCAUAUUGAUGGACUAGUUCCCUGGGUUAAAUAAGAUGUUGUUGUGAUAAUGCUGCUUGUGCCACCUUCUGCUGCUUUUAAAUGCCUAUUUUUGGAUCUGUUUGAAAUGUGUGUGUUUGUUCUGCGUCUCAAUAAAGAGCAUCAUUGCUAAAUA